AUUUUAAAAAGUUCCAGAUAAAAUGCACUAACGGAAAUGCUAUCAAAUAUCCGGUCUGUAUCACAGUGGAUACAGAAUACAGAAUACAGAAUGCAUCCUGUAUGUCUAAAGGAUAGUAACAGAAACUUCCACUAGAAAACUAGUGGAUUAGUCCACUAAAUAAUCCACUUGAAAUUUGGUGGAUUAGUCCGCUAACUAAUGGCGGCGGAUGUGCCCCUGCUAAGCAGUUAUAAAAGAGGGUUUGUAGGAAGACGAGUUUUUCAUACUUUGACCGGAUUUAAACCUCAUCCUGGAAACCAACCAUUCUUUAUUCCAAUAAUUCAGAUAUUUCUGUGGUGUUUGCCUGGCACAGUUGCUCUGCUAUCAGCUCAGAAUGAAGAGUAUGGGCCUUACAUCGGAGGUGUUUGUGUUUUCACACUCGGCCUACUUCUUCAUGUUGUACAGUGUACUGUAGUUCUAAUCAAGGGGCGGAUUGUUUCCACUGCGGCGGAUGAGAAUGGCGGAGGGGUUGGUGGUAUGUUGGAUGAGGAGGAUGAGAGUGGCGGAGGCAGAUCAUGGAUGACUCGUCUCAUCCCUGGGAAAAUUUUCAAAAUAAACUAUUUGAUUCAUCCAAUUGUAGCAGGGGGAGUCACAAUCUUGAGCUGCACAGUUCUGAAUUUAUUCAUCAUAGCGCAGGAUAUAGGAUACAUCAAUGGAAGUGUUGUCUAUGCUCUUUGUUGGAUUUCCUUUAAUAUAGGAGUUCAACCUCUGCUGAUUACACCUACUCCGGAAACUGCUACUUUUAGACAUGUUGACACCUACGAUCUCAAUGUAUACUCUAGACCACUGCACCUGGUUCUUCUACAGGUUUGCAUCUAUAUUGGUCUGUAUCUGGGUAAUCUCCCGGUAUUUGUACUGGUUUGUUAUUCCGUUCACUCAGCUCUAACCUUACUUUGGAUUCUAGGAAUUCUUCCCGGAAUUGAACCUUUGCUACUCUGGAUCAGUGAGCAGACCUUAGUAUUCGUGUUCGGGGGAAGUAAGACCAGUUCUGUUAGGAAACUAAUCUUAUCUUUUCUCCUCUCAACCCUCCAGGUUACCGCAGUUUGUUUAAUUUCCAAAGAUCUUCAUACUGUUAUUCUUAUAUCAGCUUACAGUGGAUACAUCCUGAGCUCACAUCUUCUUGGAAUAUUUUCUUUUUUCAAAGAAAUCCACCAGAAGGGAACCAAGGUCGGAGCAAGUCAAACUAUAGUAGCUGGUCAACCUACAGAAGCUGGUCAACCAACAGGAGCAGGUCAAACUACUGAAGCUGGUCAACCAACAGGAGCAGGUCAAGCUACUGAAGCUGGUCAACCAACAGGAGCAGGUCAAACUACUGAAGCUGGCCAAAUUACAGCUGGAUCCCCUGUAGCAGGUCAAUCUAUUGUAUAUCCAGAUAUGAAAUAUGAAAAACCUGGAGUUGGUUUAAGAUUCCUAGGUUCUCCAAGAUGGAUUCAUUUUAUUCAAUCCAUUCUUUCUCAUCUAAGCAACAUAAUCCUACUCACCCUUCUAAUAACCUUAGUCGAGAACAAUCUUACUUUACAACAAAAACAAGAUGGUGGGAACUGGGUUGGUUGGAUACUGGUAGGAUAUACUGCUGUACUAUUCCUAUACCUGGAGCUAAACAAGGUUUAUUCAUUUUGCGGAGCUCUUCGAUCUCCGAUAUAUACCCUGAGGAGGCCGGCAGGGUUUACUCCGAUAAACUACUUGUUCUCGCUUCUCCAUCCGUCCCUGGGAGCUCUACUUUCUAUUCUUUUCGCUAUUCUAACAGCUUCAGGAGAUACCAAAACUAUUUCAAGACUGAGUGGAGAGUUUGGAAUAUCCUUCCUUCUUGAGGUUCUCUCAGUUCUCCGGGUACUCCGUUGGAGUUGGCAGAGCACUGUAUCCGUCCUGCUAGAGAUCAGUGCUUAUCAGAUCAUAGCUUUCAUACUAGAUCGGAGCAAUUUCAACCCAGGAGUAGGUUGGGAGUUAUCAAACCUUCAGGUUCUCAUGCUCAUCAGCUUGUGUAGAGAUAGAUUAGGACAAAUUGUGGAUAAACUGUUUUUCUUCCUGGUUCUCACAGCAACAUCUAUGGAAGAUAGAGCUUCAAGGAGACCGUAUGCUAUAAUCCUAUUUCAGUUAAACCUGAUCUUCUUUCCGUUUGUGUUUGUUCUUAUCCUUAUCUCCUCUCUUCUCUCAGCUCCUCUUCUCCCCCUCUUCUCACUUCCUGUCUACUUUCUUACUUUUCCUAGACCUUCCAGCUUCUGGCCUGCUGCAGCAGGUACAGGUGAGGCUAGUGUUUUCUCCGAUGACUCUCUCUACUACCAACAGUGCUCCAGGUCUACCCUGAGCUCUCUAGAGAAAGCUGCAAGGUUCGGAAACCUUGGUAAUCUCCAACCUCAAGAUAUACUGCUGCUCCGACAUGAGGAUAGAAUCAUGUGGGCUCUGGUUGGAGAGGUUGGAAACAGAUUUAUCUCGUUGAAUCUUCGAGGCAUGGAACUACAGGAAACCUCCUGCCAUAGUUUAGAAGCUACCAGGAUAGAUGACAUCUUCGACUCAGCAUUCGAGAAGAAGACGUUGAUGAACAGGUUCAUGUUCCACACCCUCACCCCCCUCAAUACCCUCGAGGUCAACAUGUACUCCGAUACCAAGAAUGUUCUCACAGGAGUGAUUAACACCAAGGAAACUCUCCAGGUUGUGGCGGAGUCCUUCCUGGAGUGUUUUCUCUGGUUUGUGGUUGAACAUGUGUACCAGGAGAAUAAGGACGGAGGAGAGAAGAAGGGGAAGAGAGAAGAAGACGAGAAGGGAAGAAGAGGAGACACCGCUGUUGUUUCUUUUGACGAAGAGGCACCUGAGAGUGGAGAAGGUUUGAACCUGGUGGAUCAAGUAAACCUAUCCGCUAGUAUAGAACAGGUUAAUCUAGACUCCUGGCCGGACUCAGAUGAAAACCUUCCAUGGGCGACCAGGAACCCUGCAGGAAAUCAACGUCUGGGUAGCGUCCGUAUUAGUAGAUAUCUCCAGCAUCAGGACUCCAGCUCCAGUAUAUUCAAGGACCUGGAGCAGGACGAGGUUCAGGAUUUUCAAGAGAUUAGGAUCAAUCACAGAGUCCCAGAAUUAGAAAACCAGCUGAUACAACCAGACAAAACGGAGAGUUUGUUGCCCGGACUCCUGGAUCCAAUACGUCCCAGCUCCUCCACCCUUGGAUGGAAACCUUUACAGAAAACCAUCCUUACUCCGGCUAAACUCAGGGCCAACCUGAGACCAGAGUCCUUGAGAUUUGAGCUCCCUGAUCACUGGUUUGACCGGAUUAAGGACUCUGAACCAGAUCAGGGCUGGUUCCCCUCCAGGUUCUACACACACUGUAUCCAGGUUAAGGAUUCAGCUGCUGCAGAGGAUUCAAUCCUACUCCGACAGUAUAAAAUACUUACUCAGUAUAUCUUCAAUAAGAUCUACGGGGUUGGAGGUAGUCCGUCCAACGCUUAUCUCCAGGGACCUAAUCAUGUAUUUAAACACUUCAAGGAUUUCUCCAGUUCAACUCUAUCCUCGGAUCUGAGGGAUAUAACACACCAGGCAUAUAGAGCAGCAGUUAAACUUGCUCUAGAUAAAGUUCUUCUGGGAGACAUGGAACAAGAUGAAAUAAUAACAAAUCUCUCCGAACUUAAGAAAAACUGGUUCCUGGGCAUGGAAACUGAUCCUAGAUGGAAGGAGAGUAUUGUCACAGAAGUUCCUAAUUUGUUCAGUUUACAGAUAAAUGAGGGUAGAGAAACUGGACAAACCGUAUUCAAGUCUCAUAUUCUAAACCUGAGAACCUGUCAGGUGAAGGUUGGAAGGUUGAAAGGAGAGGUUGUGAGAGGCCUGUGGUCUUCUUUAUCUCUCGAACUCUUGUAUCUGACCAAUGACGAUGAAGAAAGAUAUAGUAUACAGGCUGACGAAAGAUUACUCAGAAACUUGACUGUUCAAGCUGCCAACCCUCCUUUAGGAUAUUCAAUCUUUAAUUCUGGAACUACAACCUUCUCUAGAUGAUGAUAAGACAAACUAUAAUUAAUUAAUAAUAAUUUUGAAUUUAGCAAUAUUUUUGAUAUUCUUGCAUUGAAUGUUUGUAUGU